GCACCCGAGACCGACUCGCUCGCGGGCCACCAACUGAUCAGGUCUUGCUCAGAUGGGACAAAUGCCUGGAGCUGUAACCAAUCGGGCUGUUUCUGUCCCUCGUUUCCUUUUUUGUUCGGUAAAUGCCGCAGCGUCACUGCCCACUUUGUGCAGCUGGGCUUCCUGAGCAUCUUGUGGUUUCACGGCCGCCCAUUUGCACGUGGUUCUUUGCACAAUAAAUUCUGCUAAGUUUAAUUUGUCUGAAGUUUUAGUUUUAGGAAUGGAGAGCUCUUGAUUGCCUUUGUUCCGUGGGCUGUGAUUUUAGGAGGACUGCCAAGGGCAUGAAGCUUCUGAGGGACUCACACCACUAUUGUGCUGCUCCAGACAGGUAGGAGAUGGCAGUUUUCCCAAACUCCUGCCUCCGAGGUCUGCUCAUCCUUACUCUUCUGCAGCUUCUCGAUUCAGCUCACUUUGAUGUAAUUGGACCCCCAGAACCCAUCCUGGCCUUGGUGGGUGAAUAUGCUGAACUGCCCUGUCACCUAUCCCCAAAUGUGAGUGCUGAGCACAUGGAAUUGCGGUGGUUCCGAAAUACAUUCUCGCCGGCUGUUUUGGUGCACCGGGAUGGGCGAGAGCAACAGAAAGAGCAGAUGUCUGAGUACCAAGGCAGGGUGAUUCUGGUGGAGGACGGUAUCUCCAAGGGGCAUGUUGCUGUGAGAAUACUCGGCGUCAUGGCCUCUGAUGCUGGCAUCUAUGGAUGCUCCUUCAGUUAUAAAGAAGCCCACAAAGAAGCCUUCCUGCAUCUGAAAGUCGCUGCUCUCGGCUCUGACCCUCACAUCCAUAUGGAAGUUGAAAAACGUGGAGAGAUCCGGCUGGAGUGCACCUCAGUGGGAUGGUACCCAGAGCCCCAAGUACAUUGGAGAACUUCUAAGGGACAGAAGUUUCCAUCCACAUCAGAGUCCAGGAAUCCCGAUAAAGAAGGCCUGUUCAUGGUGGCUGCUUCACUGAUCAUCAGAGAUACCUCCGUGGAGAACGUGUCCUGCUGCAUCCAGAACCUCCUUCUUGGGCAGGAGAAGGAAGUGGGGAUUUCCAUUCCAGCUCCCCUUUUCCCGAUUUGGAAAACCUUGAUGUUGCUUUCUGUACCCCUGGGACUUAUCAUUAUUGGAAUAUUUUGCAUUUGGAAAUGCUACAAGAAAAGCAAACGAGACAGUCAAGAUGGUACUGUUCCCAUAGAUUGGGAACUGGCUCGAUUACAUGCAGUUGAUGUGACUCUGGACCGAGACACAGCGUAUCCUUCCUUUUUUCUGUAUGAUGAUUCAAAAUCUGUUCAUCUGGAAGAUUCACAUCAGGAAUUGCCUGAGAAUCCAGAGAGAUUUGACUCGUGGCCCUGUGUGCUGGGCUGUACGCGCUUCACCCAGGGAAGACAUUACUGGGAGGUGGAGGUGGGAGGCAGGACCGACUGGCUGGUUGGCGUGUGCAGGGAGAACGUGAUGAGGAAAGGAUUCAUCCUCAUGACUCCCAAGAGUGGCUUCUGGGUUAUAGAAUUGUCUGGAAAGGAAUACUGGGCCCUCACCCCACUCCGAACUCCUCUCCUUGUGAGUGAAGUCCCCCAUCGGGUUGGGAUUUUCCUGGACUAUGAAUCAGGAACCAUCUCCUUCUACAACAUAAAUGACAGAUCCCAUAUCUAUACUUUUCCCAAGGAAUCUUUCUCUGGCCCCCUCUGUCCUUUAUUCUGCUUGUGGUCAUGUGAUGACAAACCGCUGACCAUCUGUCCAAUUGUUGACGGGCCUCCGGAGGUCACAGUCCUUGCUGAUGUUCAGGAGCUUUCUAAGCACUUUCUGAUGUCCCCCAUGGAGGGACCCAAAGAAGGAUGACACAACACUUCAGCAUCUUGACUGGAUUGUUCCUCUGGUGUGGCCACACCAGCUGGAAACUGACAAAGAGACUGCAAAGGGAAAGCAGAGACAGGAAAUAGUGAUGGAAAGACUGGAGGGAUGGAGAGGGGUGUCUGAACUUGAUCUCAGAACAGCAUGAUAAAAAGAAAGGUGGAGUCCCGGUAGCAGUGGUUGUCUUUAAUGCCUGCGUAAUGGAAUAACAGCGGGAAGCUGGAUCUGCAUGGAGUGUUGCCAUUUCACAGUCUUUUCAUGCAAGGACUUUAUUUUAUUUUGAUCCACAUAAAACUCUGGGAAAAACUAAACAAAGCUUAUAGAGAAGAGUCACUUUUCCAUGGCACCCUGCUGGUCUGGGAUUUGACCCAGCGUCUAAUGAUCUUAUGUGUAAUGCCACAUCCUCUCCUCUCUCAGAAUUCAAUAAAUCUUCAAUGAAGCAA